ACGCAAAAACUAUAGAUUAAAGAAAGAGUGAAGUAUGAAUAACAUUUUUAUUGUAUAUCGUCGUCGUCUCACAAAUCUCGCGUAGAGGAGCGUCUCUAGCUAACUAACUUACACCAAUCUCACAUUUUCCAAUCCCCUAAAAAAAAAUUCUCAGAACCAAAACAACUCAUCUCUUUCAAUUUCACCAUCUUUUUGGAUCCCAAAAUCAAGAAAAAUUAUCAAGAUUGAGAGAUAGGAUAUUAAAAAAAAAAAAAAAAAAAAAUGGGGGUGGCUCAAGCGAUGGAGGCCCUAACCGAGCGAGCAGGUUUGAUGAAGGAGUCUCUACAAAAGAGCCAGACCAUCACCGACAACAUGGUCGGAAUCCUAGGUUCCUUUGACCACCGUCUCUCGGCUCUUGAAACAGCCAUGCGUCCUACCCAGAUAAGAACACAUUCUAUAAGGAGAGCUCAUGAGAAUAUUGACAAGACAUUGAAAGCAGCUGAGGUUAUAUUGGAUCAAUUUGAUCUCACUAGAAAGGCGGAAGCCAAAAUAUUGAGAGGACCACAUGAGGAUCUUGAAAGUUAUCUGGAAGCAAUUGAUCAACUGAGAGGAACUAUCAAAUUUUUCAGCAACAACAAGAUGUUUAAGAGUGCUAGUGGAGUUAUUAGUCAUGCUACUGGUUUACUCUCUAAAGCUCUAUCAAAGCUAGAGGAUGAGUUCAGACAGAUACUGCAAAACUACAGCAAGCCGAUGGAACCUGAUCGCCUUUUCGAAUGUCUUCCAAGUAAUCUUAGACCAUCACCAGAAGGUGAAGGUGGUGGCGGCAAGAGCCAUGAUCCACAUCAUAAGAGCUUAGAAAAUGCUAUUUUUACAGUCCCAACAGUCAUUCCUCCAAGAGUCCUGCCUCUGCUUCAUGAUCUGGCUCAACAAAUGGUUCAAGCUGGUCAUCAACAACAACUUUUCAAAACUUACAGGGAUACUCGAGCUGCGGUGUUGGAACAGAGUUUACGGAAACUAGGUGUAGAGAGGCUUAGCAAAGAUGAUGUUCAGAGAAUGCAAUGGGAGGUCUUAGAGGCCAAGAUUGGGAAUUGGAUCCAUUACAUGCGAAUAUCCGUGAAACUGUUGUUUGCUGCAGAAAAGAAAAUAUGUGACCAAAUACUAGAUGGUGUUGAGUCUCUAAGAGACCAAUGUUUUGGUGAAGUCACUGCAAAUAGUGUAGCUGUGCUGCUUAGUUUUGGGGAAGCUAUUGCUAAAAGCAAGAGAUCACCCGAGAAACUGUUUGUUUUGUUAGAUAUGUAUGAAAUAAUGAGAGAGCUUCAGCCUGAGAUUGAAUUGGUCUUUGGAAGCAAACCUUGUACUGAGAUGAAAGAAUCUGCACUGAAUCUGACAAAGCGACUAGCUCAGACAGCUCAAGAAACUUUUGCUGAUUUUGAAGAAGCGGUUGAAAAAGAUGCUACGAAAACCGCGGUUAUGGAUGGAACCGUACAUCCUCUUACUAGCUAUGUCAUAAACUACGUCAAGUUCUUGUUUGAUUACCAAUCGACAUUGAGGCUACUUUUUCAAGAGUUUGAUAGUAAAGAUCCUGAUUCCGAGCUGGGAUUGGUAACAACGAGGAUCAUGCACGCUUUACAGAACAAUCUGGAUGGUAAAUCGAAGCAAUACAAAGAUGCAGCACUAACUCAGCUUUUCUUAAUGAACAAUGUUCACUACAUAGUCAGAUCUGUCAGGAGGUCAGAAGCAAAGGAUUUAUUAGGUGAUGAUUGGGUUCAAAUACAUAGAAGAAUCGUACAACAACAUGCAAAUCAGUACAAGAGAGUUUCUUGGGCAAAGAUUUUGCAGUGUCUCACGGUUCAGUCUGGUGGGAGUGGUCAGGUAGACAACUCUAAUAUAUCAAGAGCAUCAGUAAAAGACAGAUUCAAGACUUUCAAUUCUCAGUUUGAAGAGCUUCACCAAAGACAAUGCCAAUGGACAGUUCCGGACAGCGAAUUGCGUGAAUCCCUGAGGCUUGCUGUUGCGGAGGUUCUUUUACCUGCAUUCAGAUCGUUUCUCAAACGUUUCGGGCCGAUGAUAGAGAGUGGUAAGAACCCACAGAAGUACAUAAGGUUCAGUCCUGAGGAUCUUGAGCGAAUGCUUAACGAGUUCUUCGAAGGCAAGACUUGGAGUGAGCCCAAGAGAUAAAAUAUAUGUAUCAAUGUUUUGUUUCCAUUUUUGUUGUACAUUCUCUUCUUUUGCUUUUUUGCAAAGAUUAUAUACUUAUAAGUUCUCUCCUUUUCUUGAAGGCUUUUUUUUUUUUCUUCUUUUAGUUUUCUUUUUCUUUAAACUGUAAAAUUGAUCAAGUCAUAUUUAGUCAUGAUUUACAAAUAGAAGAAGUCUCAUAUGAUUUGGAUGGUUGAA